UUCUUUUGAAACCAGUGAGAAGAGGCUUGAAGCUCAGCCUUCCGUCCAUGUUUUUGGAUGCCGAUGGCAGCAACAUGAGUGGAGCCCAAGAGGAGAGAGCAAUGACAGCAGACAGCCUCCAUCUGAACAGGACCGCAGCUUUAGGUCUGCAUGACGAGGAGAUGAACACAGCUCUGUUUGAGUUCAAGGUGUUCAACAUUGUCAUCAUUGCUCUGGCUUUGUGUAUCCUCACCAUCACCGGCCUCUACUGCAUCACCGUCUGCUACAACCGCACCAGGCAGUCAAAGCGAGCCCAUGUGUAUGAGAGUGCAGUGACCCGAGGGGAGCCGACGGACCCUGUCGCAGUUAAAGCAGUGAAGAGGUCGACCAGCUUCAUCAACCCUCUUGCCUUCUUCAGGAAACCGGAGGCAGCAAAGGACAACUCCAGGAUCUAUUACAUCUACAGCAACCCGCUGCCUGUAGGGGUGAAGGAGGAGGAGGAGGAGGGGAGGAUUAAAGUCCCACAGAGACCAGAGGAGCAAACUGCACUGUCGCUGCCCCUGUCGUUUCAAGAGUACGCCAGUGAUCCAAACAGUGGCGUCAUCCUGGACCCUCCGAUAUUUUACAUGCAGCUUUAGAGGGAGUUGAAGAGUUAGGCUGUAGGGGUGGGAGGGGUGUAGCGCCACUUGUUUUCAGUCUGAAUGUCUGAGGUUUAAACCCUGCAGCUGUUUCUAUCAAAAAGUUAAACUACGUCACCAUGUGUAGGGCCAUUACAGGGGCGCUCCAGCGAUUUUACACAUCAAGUUCAGUUCACACGUCAUUGGGAGUACGCCUAGUCGUAUAAUUUCUCUGGAGGAGCUUGUGAAGCCCAAUAAGUUAUGCCACAGCAAUGCCAUUAGGGUUACCAAGGCAGAGGGUUGGAGACUACAAAUCUGUAACAGAAAGUCAUGAUGAAGUUUGAAAGAUGUGGGAGUUUAUCAGGCAAGGAGGUCAAUAUUGCAGUCAGGUUGCAUGAUAAGGAAUGCAGAAUCCACUGCUUUACAAGUAUGACCCAUACUAGGGACUAAAAUUCAAGAUAUUUUGGCCAUGACUCCGUUUCAAUCAAUCAGUGAGAGUAAAAUCUUAAAUCACUGGUGUACCCCUUUAAAACCCCGAAGUGCACUAUAUAACAAGGAAGUCCAGAGUUUCUCAGCAUUUCUACUCCAGAGUAGUUUGAAUAAAGUGUAAACAGUUUGAAGUUGCUGCUUUGAUUCUGUUUCUGAGGACGAAAAAAUGUGGGUGGGAUCAAAAGCAAACAAGGAUGUGUAUCCGAUAGAGGACGGUCCAGUGGAAUUUGACGCUGUAAGGAAAAUACCUGUCUUGAUGUCACUGGACUAAGGUGCAGCACAGCUCUCAGGCCCAGCGCAGCAUUUCACAACAUUUUCAGGCAACAGAGGUGCAUGCAGGACUUCAUUUGAAAGAUGCUAAAAUCAAGCACAGGAUUAAUACUGUUGAUUACAAAAGCCUGAUAACUUAGUGUGUUUGGCAACAUAUUAGGAAAGUCACUUUUAGCCAUCUCUUUCAAUGCAUAGUAGGAUAGUAUUUAAAUACAUACUUUUUUUGUCAUAUGCAAACUUCAUAAUUCCAAUUUAAUUUUGUUACUUCAUAUAAAAAGGACUUUGUACUUUUCACAGCAUUUUAGUUUACAAAACCUCACAGGAUAACCUCAGAAAUGCAGGAUUUACACACUGACAUGAGAGUGUCAUAUGAAACUUUUCAUUAUUUUGAGACACAAAACAUUAAAGCCAUGCAAGUGUUUCUUGAUUUUCAUUGAUCUUUAAUAAAACUGCUGAUACGAUGUGCUUUACAAAAAGAAGCCGAGUGUGAGACACAGAGAAAGAUGAGGAAAAUACAAACGAUUUUCACUGCAGAGCAAUCGAUCGUAAAGUACUCCUUUGAAAACAUGAUUGGACUGCAAAAGAGUCAGUCCUCAGACGAUUGGCUGGCUCUCUCUGACCAGCCACUCCAGUGCCUCCUUCCUGCCCUGCCUCUCCAGCUCUGCUCCAACCACCUCCCGGCACUGCCUGUGGUACUCGUUCACCCAGUCACGCUGCAGGACAGUGAAGUGAGGGUCAAAUCGUGAAAAGACUGUGUUUAAGUAGCAAAUAAUGUACUAGGAAUAUAUGGAAAUAUCAUCAAAUAUUCAGAUGCAUCGUUAUGACUUUAAUUUAGGUCAUCUUAAGCUAAAUGGUUCCUAUUGUAUGAACAGAAUGUAAAGUAGGCUGCAUUCAAGUGUUGUUGUAUUUCAAGUGUUUAUCACAUUACCAAUAAAAAAUCUUUUGAGAUGAA